GCAAAAAAGCACCACACACAUCUCUAUCUUCCUUCUUUCCACUUCACUUCACAAAGCUACCACCAAAGCUAUUAAAAUCAAAGAAUUUCACUUUUUUUAAAGCUUAUUGUUUCAUUUUAAAAUGGCUGGUUUUUCAAGAAAUGUGUUUUCUUCUUCAAUAGUAGUUGUUGUUUUUUUACUUGGGUUGAGCUUGACAGAAGCAAGAGACCAUUUGGUUGGUGGAAAAACUGAUUCUUGGAAAGUACCAUCUUCUGAAUCAGAUUCACUCAAUCAUUGGGCUGAAAAAUCUAGAUUUCUCAUUGGUGAUUCUCUUGUGUGGAAGUAUGAUGGAAAAAGUGACUCAGUUUUGGAAGUGAGCAAGAGAGACUAUGUGAAAUGCAACACUUCAAGUCCAAUAGCAGUGCACAAUGAUGGCAACACCAAGAUAGUAUUGGAACAUUCAGGAGCAUACUAUUUCAUUAGUGGAGCAAAAGGGCAUUGUGAACAAGGCCAAAAAUUAAUUGUUGUGACCUUAUCUGAGAAGCACAACAUGAGGGGAUUUAUGGGUGCACCUGCACCUUCUCCAGCUGAAUUUGAAAGUGCCAUUGCUCCUACUAGCAAUGCUGAUACCUUGAAGGCUAGUUUAGUUGUGGCUCUUGGGGUUUUAAUUGGGUUUUUGUUUUGAAGUGAAAAAAGUUUUAUAGUCAUUUUUAUGGGAUUUUGGUUGAUAGAGAUAGAAAUGUUGUGAGGAGAAAGGAGGAAUUUGGCCUUCUUAGUCAUUCUCCUUGGUUUUGAUAUUCUUUGAUUCAAUUUGUUCUUUACCAUUCCAUUCCAUCUAA